CUCCUGCUUUACAGCUCCCCUGCAAAGACGGGUCGCCGAGCUUUCUGUCAGAGGAUCCAGCUGUCAGUCAACGAGACCCUCAUUCAGCCGGUGUCAGACUGUAUGUGGCACACGGCGGAAAGCCCGCUCCUGAUAAAUACGAGACAAAGACACCGGUGGACCUUCAGUGAUCAACAGAUCGGCAACUCCACUGUCCACUCCUCCUGCGAAGAGGAAAAAAGGAUGAGGGACCCGACGGACAAUACCGGAGACAACUGGCACAUGUGAGCGAUAUUUAUCAGCGAAUUGUGGAGCCAGUCGCAGAGGUAUGAACCAAUUAGCUCUCAAGAUUUGGUUUUAAUCAGUCAAUGCGACUGUUGUUGGCAGCGGAGAAGGUUCAGCCCGUGCCAAAAUGACCAGACUAUUGUCUAGCAUCGCUGUAACGGAAUGGGCCCGCAGGAAUUUUGGCACCGGUUUUACGCAGCAGACCACAUAGUUUAAUCGACGUCUCCUCGACCGAAGACAGAAUAGUGUGGCGGGCAUGGACAAAGAAUGCUUACACAUCUCGUAGUGAUGCUAUGAGAUUAGAAUAAAAAGACAUCAGUGAAACAGCCUGCUGGUUCCUCCCGAGAAGCGGAGCAGAUCAUCAACGGCGGGAUUCAAGUUUGGACCACACCAAGUCCAGAACGACCUUCCCCUCCCAAAAAAAAAAAAAAACCAAACAAGGAUCAUCUUAUAUCUUAAAGCAUCUUCACAGACUCGCAUAGCGUGGCUGCCAUGGACACUCAAAACAGAGCUAUGUACAUAAACACCAUUCCCAGAGCAAAGCUCCACCUUCUGGACUGUGGGAAAGCACAAGAGUCUGUGAAAAGGUGAGAGAGGGACACUGUCUGCCCCACUGUCCAGCGACACCAUGAGCUGGAGCUUCCUCACGCGGCUGCUGGAGGAGAUCCACAACCACUCCACCUUCGUGGGGAAGCUGUGGCUCACCGUGCUCAUCGUCUUCCGCAUCGUUCUCACUGCCGUUGGGGGAGAGUCCAUCUACUACGACGAACAGAGCAAGUUUGUCUGCAACUCGGGCCAGCCGGGCUGCGAGAAUGUCUGCUAUGACGCCUUUGCCCCUCUUUCUCACGUCCGCUUCUGGGUCUUCCAGAUUAUCUUGGUGGCAAUGCCUUCUCUCAUGUACAUGGGCUAUGCUGUGAAUAAGAUCGCACGAUUAGAUGAAGCCAAAGGAGGAGGUGGUUCUGCUGCAGUUAGAACAGGAGGAGGGGGCUACACGCACAGGAAGCCCAGGAAAAUCUGCUUUGGAGCACGGCAGCACCGGGGCAUCGAGGAGACCGAGGAGGACCAGGAGGAUGAUCCCAUGAUCUAUGAGGUGCCAGAGAUCGAGCCCCCAAAAAGGCCACGGGAUCCACUGCAACCCACACCCAGACCGAAAGUCCGGCAUGACGGGCGCAAGCGUAUCCAAGAUGAGGGACUGAUGCGGGUCUAUGUUUUGCAGCUGGUGACUCGUACAGUGCUAGAAGCAGGCUUCCUUGCAGGCCAGUAUUUGCUGUAUGGGUUCCGUGUGACGCCUGUGUUUGUGUGCUCAGGGAAACCUUGUCCCCACAGCGUUGACUGCUUUGUGUCCCGACCUACAGAGAAGACCAUCUUCCUGCGCAUCAUGUACGGUGUCACUGUCCUUUGUCUCACGCUUAAUGUUUGGGAGAUGCUCCACUUGGGGAUUGGCUCCAUCUGUGACAUUCUUCGCCGUCGGCGCUGCCCACCUCAGGAGGAUGAGUACCAGUUGGGCUUGCUGGGCACCAACGGGGGUGUGGAGGGCUCAGUAGGGGGGCCAGGGCCUGAGGCAGGUUCUGAGGGAGGGGUGGGUGGAGAUGGAGCUGCCGAUUACGUGGGUUACCCCUUCUCGUGGAAUACCCCAUCGGCUCCACCUGGCUACAACAUUGUGGUAAAGCCAGAGCAGAUGCCCUACACGGACCUUAGCAACGCUAAGAUGGCAUGCAAGCAGAACCGGGCAAAUAUUGCUCAAGAGGAGCAGCAGCAAUUUGGUAGCAAUGAGGAUAACUUCCCCACUGGAGGGGAGGCCCGUGUGGCUUUGAACAAAGACAUGAUCCAGCAAGCUCAUGAGCAGCUGGAGGCGGCCAUCCAGGCCUACAGUCAGCAGCACCGGGCAGAGGAGCAGCUUGGGGACAACCAGGAUGACAAGCCCCAAAGUAACAUCAUCCAGGCCCAACCGCAGCCUCAGCCUCAGCCUCAGGCUCAGAAAGAGCGCAAGCAUAGAUUCAAGCACGGGAAAGGAGGCAGCAGUGGAGGAGGCAGCAGCAGCAACAGCAGCAGCAGCAAAUCAGGAGAGGGCAAGCCCUCUGUAUGGAUUUAAUCCCAGAACAGUGACAUGUAUUGAAACCAUGUAUAUAUUAGAGACUGGAUGACGAGCUGCUGCAAUCUUCCUUGGAUAUUUAAACACCACUGUGCCUUAAAGAAUCCUGCAAGCUGGAGAAGAUGUGUGUUUGUGUACUAAGGUGUGUAAAACCCGUGAUGUUGCAGCUGACGAUUUGUGUUGUCUGGGCUAUCACUGUCUAGCUUGAAACAUCACACCAACACAAACUGUAAUAGGCUACAGUCUGUCGUUUACAUGUCUCGUUCUUCUCAAGUCCUAAAGCAGAUUUUGACCUCUGAUGUCUUCCCGUUCAUCCUUUCUUAGGGAUUUGAACUUUGGAAAAUUACUGAAUGAUAAUGAGUUCUGUUGCAAAUCAGAUUGAUCCCAGAUUUGGCUUAGCUCAUUUUCGGGCCGCUCCUCUGCAAAGACACUGUCUCCAUUAUAACAUUGGCAUCCUAAUUCUUGGGACAAAAUACAAUGACAUCCAAAUGAAGUAUCAUCAUAACACAAAGGCAAAGGGAUGCCAUAUCAUCACUAUGCCUUGGCAAGCUAAAGCUACGACUUCGUACUAUGGUAUGAUGUUACCAUGGCACGUCAUUACAACAUAAAUGCAAUAAAAUGAAACAUAAUUCAGUGGCGGCGCCUAAAACAAUGACUUUAUGAUGCGGUGAGAACAUCACCUUCCUGAAGGCUGUGUCCUGUCAGUCAUGUUCUGUCUGCUUUUUCUCCAGUGUCACAGUGUUAUGUUGCUGUGACUUUGCAAUUGACAGUGUGUUUGUAUAUGUUUCAUGUGUUCUUUUUUUUCAUGUGUGCUACACCAGCUGCUGCUCAGAAACCGGUGAGUACAAGCAGGUGGCUUUUUAUCCAUCUGAACUUUGCUGAGAGAAAAUGUUCUUUAUAACAAGGUGCAUAAACAAUCCAGUUUUUAUACCUUACUCUUCAGCUUCUUAGUUUCUCUCUCUGUCUCUUCAUGGCUAUUGAGCAAGGCUGCUCCGCACUCCACUGGUGGUCCAUCUGCCUUGUAGUUGACUGCCACCUGGUGGUAUCUUCUACAGGCCUUUCUGUAUUGGAGAGUAGAUACCAGUUGCCAAUGCUACCUGCAUCCAGCAACACCUUAACCAGCUGUAGUGUUCCUUUUCUAUUGACAAGCCUCGUGUCAGUUGAGUCUUCCCUACACGUUCAGUGUUAGAUGCACAAGGCUGCAAUAUCACCACGUUGUAAUGGAAAAGGUUUAAAGCCAUUACUAUAAUAUAGUGAGACCAAACACUGUUUGUGUGAUGCAAGUGUCAGUGCCAAGAUCUUAUGCUAGGCUGCUAUGAAGCCUGGUUGUUUGUAGCUUUGGAAUACUGUGGCCAUGCUACUCCAGUUGUGGAAAAAUGCCUACAUGAGACCAACCCUUUUGUAAAAGCCACUUGUUUUUUGUAUUACAGUAUGUACGUAUUGCUUUUUGGAAUGGGAUUUAAAAUAGCAAACUCGAAAACUGAGUCAAUUUUUAUGUUCGAGCCAGUGUUUUAUAUGAAAACACUCUUUUUUCAAUAAAGUUUUUUUGUAAAAUAAAGUAAAAGAAAGCAAGUUCUUUUAAAAAUGAAACAGCUGUAUGGAUAUUUAUGGUUAUUGUGUUUUAAAUUGCCUUCCAAUUGUAAAAAAUGUGAAAUAUGACAUAGUAUAUUUUUAUAAAAUGUCGGCUACAGUGACUUAAUGACGUAAAGAGAAAAAAAAGCCAGACUUUUCCUUGUAUGUUACAGUAUCAGUAUUUAAUGUAUGUGGCAACCCUCUGGGUUGUGUUUUAAUAAACUGUGUUGCUCCUUUUUCAACAUUGUUCUGAGAUCUGCUGAACAGCUGUAUGGACACAAACUGACCAAUAGAAUCAGUUGUGGGGGAAAGGACAUAACAAGUGCCAAAUUAUUCAAACCAUUACAAACUUUGCCCCGCAGUAGCUUCCCAAACAAUCAUUUAUGGGAGAGGGAGCAAAUCUGAAGAGCUUGAACAUUAUGUUCUUGACACAAUGAAUCUCAACCUGAAAGACCUUUCCCAGAAAAAACAAUGAACUAACUGAACAAAUCAUCAACCACGUGAAGUUGUGAGACUGGACACUGUGUACAAUACAACAGGGUUAUGAAGUAGAAAGAGUCUUUCUGAUUUGUGUGUUCACCAUCAGGCUCCACAAGCCUUUUCAACAAGCCAGCCAGUCAGCCAGCCAGCAGACAGUCAUAAAUCUCCAGAAGUACUCCAGUCAGUCGCUCACCAGAGCAGUGAUUGACACUGGCUCUACUCGCGCUGCUCUGUUGCCAAUAAGCCACAGGUGAUUUAGAUUUUCCCAGUUAGUGUCAGUCUCUUCCCCUGAAGGCCAAUCAGCCCUCAUCAAAUUCUCCCCCAGUGAGCAAAGUUUCUCAACUAAAGUAUUAACUGCUGUUUUUUGAAAAGAAGGAAACAAGCUGAAGUAUAAAUGGAUAACAGGCAGCUGGUGAUGCUUUGCAGUGAGAGCCAGCUGGGGCCACUAGAGGGCGACUUCCUGUCAAAGGAGGGAGCACUUCAGAGAGUGAGGAAGGGGCGUUUUUAAGGACGUGCCAUGGGGGUACUCAAAGACCCCAUCUGCUCAGAGUCUGCAUGACUGGCAGCUUGGCCUUACAUCUCCAAAACUAUUCUAGGUUAUGGCUCAGACGUGUCUGUUUUCAGGAAAAAGUAAGGAAUUCGGGCAGCUAUCCAGGUCAAAAGAAUUACCCUGUGGCACAGUUAUGUGCUUGUGUGGUCCUGUUUUCUUUUGUCUAUUGAGUGGCUGCGAAAGAAAGGUAGAAACAAAGUGUGCUCACUAGACAGAAAUGGCUUUUACAACUAUUUUUUUGUAGGGUUUACUCUCCUCUGCAUAUUAUCGCUGUCUUGUGAAAACCAUGGGUUUCAAAAUGUAUUUUCUAAAACUUCAAGUAAAAGCAGGGUCCCAAUUAGACGCAGGUCCCCUUUCUUAGACUGGUGUGGCUAUACAUGUUUGAGAAAUAAACUGUCUCAAUUAGACGCCUGGUCUGAAUUUUAUAGAAGUUCUAAGCUGCUUAGAUCGCCUAAACAAAUGUUUAAACUUUUGUUGCUCAAUCAGUUAGAUUCUCCACAAUUCAUUCAGUUAAUUUUAAUGAAAUCAUGAGCACCAAGUGUAUCAACUAAUCAAAUGAAUGACUCGUAAUUGAUGUUAUUCGAUAGCUUAGGUUUUACCUAUUUUUAUACCUUUUAUAUUUACACUGGUUUAAAUGAACAAUUAAAUAGUAUUUGCCAUAUUUGCUGAGCAAGAGUUUUGUGCAAAAGGAAUUAAAGAUGCCAGUCCCAAAUGUAGGCAGGUUGAGUUCAGUGAUUGAAGCAAAGAAAAUGCUAUUAAUCAAAGUUUUACAGUAAUUCUGUGUGAUUCUUUAAGGAUUUACAGCUAAAACAUGCUAAUAAAUGCAGCACUGAAAGUAUGCAGGAAUUCAACAACAACAACAAAAAAAUACAUGACACAGAAUCACCUAAAUUUGAGUUUCACUUGACAGUGACAAUAUGCUUUGAGCACCGAUACAUCUAAAGGUGGAGACACACUUUGGAACUGAAAGCCAUUUGAUCCUUUUCCUAGCAACUGAAGGAAUUAUAAGUGAAAGAAAAAGUUAUUCUUCAAAGCUGCAGGUGUGAUGCUGCUGUUCACAGCUACAGCAGGUUUGGUGUCAUCGUUUAUUAGGUUAACUGUGUUGGAACAAUGCUCACAUGGACAGUUACUCCUUUGUGAUUUAUCCCUGUACUGUACAUUAACACAGACGGAGAAUUAAAACCGGUUGUAUCAGAUGAAGUCUUUUGUGGGUCUAUUCAUCAGGGAUACCACAAUGUCCACCCUCAGCAUCUGUCUGUCUGUAUUUAAAACAAUGUCUGUGUUCAGAAGAAAGGCUGUAGUGAGGCCUUGUUGUUUCCCUACAUGUUUCUUAUAAUCACCCAUGUGGGAUGUGACAAUAAAACCAGUGGUAUUACCAGUACAAACUCUGAUUCAUACAUGCAUUUGUGUGUUUGUGUGUUUUUCUAUGCCUUUUUGUAAAAUGUACAUUUCUUUGAGUGCCAUUCUGGUAUCCCCCCGGCAAAGAUUUGUUUUCAUAUUCUUUGAUGAAUUCAUUUGAUUUGCAUGUAAAAGACCUAUUUUCCUACAAAAAUAAAUCAGAAAAUGCAUAUUGAUUAAA